CUUUCUGACUCGGGUUCGGACCCGGAGAGGCCAUGAAUGAUGCGAUGGGCUGCAACCUGGCCAGGUUCAUGAACAACAAGGUCACCGACAUGACCGCCGCUUCUGAUCCUGGCCAGGAGGACGAAGACAACGACUCCAAUCCACAGGCCACCAGCGACGGCAGCACAGCGGUUGGCAAACAGGGUGCGACUUCACGCCCGUCCAGUCCCACCGCCACGAGGCACCCGGUGCUCUCCUUCGCAGGCAGCGCUUCAGACAAACUCUUGGCAGGAUUCUUGAGACGGCCGCCAUCCGCAACACCGCUGAGGAUCCAAAGGGAGAGGUCCUUAAGCCAGGUCGAGUUCUUCAGGGUCCUGGACGAGAAGAUAAACAGGGGGAAGGAAAGCGAAUCCGACGACGACGGGAUCUCCCGAUGCAGCGCAAUAUCGGCCUGA